UCUGUUUUUCGACAGAGCAGGAAAGGUUACAUGAUGUCUCUCUGUUCCUUAUCGGUGAGGUUUCUGAAAGCCACAACACCGAUAUGGUUCAGUGUGUGGUCUAUUGUGGCCACCUCCGCCUCACGCUUGUCGGGUUCAUUGUCCUCCUUCCAGAUGGACAGCUAUGGAUUCUCUCAGGAGAGCCAGAGCUUGCACCCUCCGGUCCAAAUUGGACUUGAAAGCCUUGAAAUGAAUUCUAAGAAUGUAAGCCAGGGGAAAGGAAUCCUUGGCAGAGGUGACUAUGGUUCCCAAGUUCUCCCUGAGUCAAUGCCUCGCCGGCUCCAGGCGACGGAGCCCAGGGGUCCUUUCCGUUUCCUGGACACCAAGCUGGUUACAUUCCGACGUGAUCUGCGUCAGGCAUCAGGCCAAGGAAUUCCCAACACGUGGUCCUAUACUGAAAUGAGUAAAGUGGAGGCAUCGCCCAAGGACGAGUGUGUCUUCUUCCAAAUAGAAGGGAUGACCUUCCGAGUGUCCACUCAAUYAAACAACUCUGGCACACUGGAUUACACAGCUUCUGACGACCAAUGGUACUGGCAUGUAAGUUCAUUCACGAUGGUAGACUUGGAGCAUUACAGUGGGGGGGCAAGAUUCCUGGUUUGGAUUACUGGUAUGUAUAAUAGGAUGGUCACAAUUGCCCUAGACUCCCACAAACCCCCUUUCGGAUCCUUGGACCUUGCUCAAGAAAAAAUCCCUCAGGAGGGGUACAUCAGCAUGGCCGCAGAUCCCAGACUCCCUUGCCUSUACCUCAACAGAGACGCGUCACUUUUCAAGGUGAACAUCCCAACUUCCGUGAGUGAAAAUGUAACAAUAGAACCCUUCCCUGUUCCGCCAAACUCUACAAACAGUACAGGUGUGAAYAUAAAUCUAGGUCUGAGCCGGCAUGCCAUCUCUGCUGACAGCAAAUAUUUCUACGCAUGUAACUGUCAGAGGGGGAUUUUUCAWGUCYGGGUUGCAACGGGAGAGGUGAAGAGGAUCAACGGAAAUGUGCAAUUUGACUGUCCUUCAGGGCUGGCUUUAACUGCGGAUGGAUGUAACAUGUUUGUGUCUGAGUUCAACGCAGGACGGAUCCAACUGAUCAACUUCGCUAGUCCUGGUGGGGAGAUCAGCAAUAUUUAUACCGUAGUGGGGGUCGGUAGCUCUCCCAGCUUCAGCGUUGCCGAUACCGCUUUUAACGGCCUAGCCAUCUCCGAGACUCCCAACGGCACCUUCCUUUACCUCGCCGCAAAACACGCCGUCUACGAGUUCGAAAUAAACAAACUCAAUCUGCCUCCGUGCGGUUUUCCGCCUUCGUCUGCAGGCUCGGACCCCCCCCCUGCAGAGGCACCAGGUGGGCGAUCUCCCAGCACUCCGAAGGAGGCAACUUCAGGGCCUAAGCUGUCUGGAGGAGACGGAGACGGAGCCGUGGACGGACCGGCUUCCAACAGUACACGACCUUCCACCAGUCCCAAGAACGCACAGUCAAGGCCCAAUCUUUCUGAAGGCACCGUCGACGAAUGGUCUUCCAACAGUCCGAACAACACGAGUUCCAAGCGUAAGCUUUCUAAAGGAGCCGUCGUUGCUCUCUCUGUUACACUUCCGCUACUAGGUGUCGUAGUCACUGUAGCUAUAGUAUGGAAGACCGUACAGCACAAGGAGGAAAAACCUAACCCACAGACGGAUCAGUCACAUGAUGCGCAAAGACCCCGACGAAUUGAAGAUGUGAAGCAUGCUCCACAAGGCGGGCAAGGCUGAUGGGCAACACACACCGGCCGGAGGUGGUACAGCACAAGGAAGAAAAACCUACAUUAACGGACAGUCGGCUCAGUCAUAGGAUUC